AUGGCUUCCAAUCGUCAUGUUCUCAUUCUCGGCGGCAAUGGCAAGAUUAGCCGCCUUCUAACAGUCAUGCUGUUGAAGAAGUCGUGGACUGUCACGAGUCUGAUUCGUAACCCAGACCAGAUCGAAGACUUGAAGAAGCUCUCUGAGGGUUUGCCGGGAGAUCACAAGAUCAUAGUCCAUGAUCUGAUUACCGUAACUAGCAAGGACAAGGCCGCCGCCGUCAUCGAUGAAGUGAAGCCUGACUCGGUUGUGUUCAGCGCCGGCCCCGGAAGAGGAACUGAUCAAGACACGAUAAUCCGAAUCGAUCGUGAUGCCGCCAUCUUCUUUAUCCAAGCUUCAGUUGACAACAAGGCUAUCAGCCAUCAUGUGCAGGUUUCCUAUCUUGGCGCUCGUCGUGAGCAAGCGCCCUGGUGGACUCCUGAGGACUGGGAGGGCUGGAAGAAGAUCAACUCUACUUUCCUGGGUCCCUACUAUGAGCCCAAGACUGCCGCCGACGAGGCUCUCGUGACUGAAGGCAAGAAGAGAGACAGUCUGACUGCUGUUUCCGUUCGCCCUGGCGGUCUAACUGACAAAGACGAGGGCGGCGUCCUCUUGGGACAGACGAAGCAGGCCAGGGGUAUGACGACUCGAGCGUCAACGGCGAGGGCUAUGGCUCUGGUGUUGGAGCAGGAGCACGUCAAGGGGCACUGGAUGGAUGUUCUGGACGGCGAGGAAGAGGCUCAAACUGCUGUCGAUCGGUUCGUUCGUGAGGAGACGGAAUGUGCUGAAGGGGAACCGGUUCUGAGGAACUAA